CCAGCGGCGUGCAGCAGCGAGCGCGGCAGCAACGUACAGCGUGCCGCCAAGCGACCUCACGCGGAGAUCGUAAAGGAUACAAAUGCAUCGCUGAGCUGAGUAGGUUUUUCCUGCAUCCAGUCUGCGGGCAUCAUCGCCCACAUGUAGCGGAAAGUGGGUGCGACGCCAAGACACACGACAACAGUGCUAAAACGCGCGAGAUAUGGACUUGGGCGCUGCAAAUAUUUAGGUUCGGUGAGAGAAUAUUAAAUUUGAUGUGAGAUAUGGAUUCGGUGAGAGAAUAUUAAAUUUGAUGUGAGAUAUGGCUUCGAUGUGAGAUAUGAAUUCGGUGUGAGAUAUGAAAUCGGUGUGAGAUAUAUGGCUUCGAUGUGAGAAAUGAAUUCGGUGUGAGAUAUGAAUUCGGUGUGAGAGAUUGCGGUUCAAGGAUAGAUGAUGUCCAGUACGGUGAUUGGAUAGGAUGAUGUUAGUUGAUAAGAUAGGACUGGACAUCUUCUCUAUCCCUGAGCAUCGCUUCGAUGUUAGAUAUGAAUUUGGUGUGGGAUAUGAAUUCGGUGUGAGAUAUGAAUUCGGUGUGAGAUGAGACGUGAGUGAGUAAACGCACGAGAGCGCACGAAUGUGUAUUCUGAUGUCGCAGGACGGCACAUAUAACGACCGACGUUCGUCAACUAAGUUUCCAGUAUCGUCGCCACAUGUUCUGUGAGCGCUGCACGAGCAACCGCGUCGUCCAUCGAACGUCGCCUAUAGACGGAAAACAGCCGGCAAACGUAAACAUCGCUGCCAAUACGCAAAGACUUUCCGCAGUGGUCGAGUGAGGGCUGAUAUCUAUUAGGCGCGGCUGACUGACGUGCUCCCCCCUACCCGUGCCUGGGUCUCGCAUCAUUUCCGGUCGCCUCGCCGGAGAGCGGGUAGGAAUGCUCUUCCACCAACGAAGCCGUUAUUAACCAGCGCGGAGUCGGUCACACGGCCGCGCGUGCACUCAGUACAGCAGCUGCGGGGCAUGCGCGUCAUGCGGUGCCGCAUAUAGAGCGCCUGAAGCCAUGGAUCACAGCGUCAAGACGCUCACGAGCCGCCCCAAUAUCAGACUACAAUGGAUAUUGCAGCGGCGAAGAUUCGAGAGCGACGAAUUGGAGAGGCUCUACCAGAAGUACAUCUUCAAGCUGCAGCAGUCGUCGAUCGCGUCGGUGCUGCUGCUCUUCAUCGUACUGUCGGGCGCGCUGGCCGUCAUCAGCCUCGUCUUCACGGGCCAGCCGACCGUACAGAACGUCUACUACGGCGCGCAGUGCGUGCUCUUCUUCUUCCUGCUCACCUACACCAACACGCGAUGGAUGAAGGACUCGCACCUGCUCGUCGUCUGCUACAUCAUCCUCAUACUGGGCGCUCUAUUCGCUGCGAUAUCGCUUCCGGUCAACUACGUGGUACCGGUCGGCCAGGAUGAGGUCUGGCUGCGCGCGGCUCCGGAGGGAGUGUGGGAGAUCAUCUUCGUCGUGUUCCUCGUCUACGCGAUGCUACCGUUGAAAACCUACUUCUCCGUGCUAUUUGGAAUUAUACUGCCGAUCUGCCACACCGUGGUUGCUGCCUUGUGCGUGAAUGACGUCUUCGCACUACCACUAUGGCUUCAGCUCGUCGCCAACGUCAUUUUGUUCAUCGCUGUGAACUUCGCCGGCAUGUUCGUUCACCAUCUGACGGAGCGCACACAGAGAAAGGCCUUCCUAGACACACGCAGCUGCAUCGACGCUCGACUCGAGAUGGAGGACGAAAACGAAAAGCUGGAGCGGCUACUUGUCAGUGUGCUGCCACAGCACGUCGCCAUGGAGAUGAAGAGAGACAUCGUUUCACCUCAGGAACUGCAAUUUCGCAAAAUCUACAUUCAGUUGCACGAGGACGUAAGCAUACUCUUCGCCGACAUUGUUGGGUUUACGGCGCUGGCGUCUCAAUGCACGGCACAGGAGCUCGUCAGGAUUCUAAACGAGUUAUUUGGACGCUUUGACCAGUUAGCACAGACCAACCACUGCAUGAGAAUUAAGAUCCUCGGCGAUUGCUACUACUGCGUGAGUGGACUACCAGAAGCCAGGCCUGACCACGCCAAUUGCUGCGUCGAGAUGGGUCUGGACAUGAUAGACGCCAUUGCUUCGGUCGUGGAGGCCACGGACGUGCAACUUAACAUGCGAGUAGGCAUUCACACGGGCCGUGUGCUAUGUGGUGUCCUCGGCCAGAAGAAGUGGCAGUAUGACGUGUGGUCAAAUGACGUCACGCUGGCCAAUAGGAUGGAAGCGGGCGGGAUUCCUGGCCGAGUGCACAUCACGAAGACAACCAUGGAAUUUCUACACGGAGAGUACGAGUUGGAGCCAGGUAACGGAGGCUGCAGGAACAGCUACCUGCGCGAGCACAGCAUCGAAUCCUACCUCAUCAUCCCGCCGCUCAAAAGACGGAAUAAUCGGCUGGAUGCUCUGAGAGCCAGGACAUUACUGCAGCGGCUUCCCGGUAAGAAACUCUCCUUCAAGAACGUGUCGAAAUGUGUCAUCACACUUCUGCAUCAAGUGAACUUUAACGCUGAGAUACCCUUCUCACACGUACUCACGUCCAUGGACACAGAGAAACCAGGCGCCAAGAAGGUUCGAAAGACAAAGGUCACGGAUCGGUUUAGGAAGCCAUUUAGGAAGCGGCAUGCCACCCUCAUGCAUCAACCAACGAACCGCGUCAAUAGGUACCUUGCCAACGCGAUAACAGCACGCAGCAUAGACCGAGAGAAGUCGCAACACGUCAACUUCUUCACAUUGCGCUUUAAACAGUCGCAAAAAGAGAAAAUGUGGGUGAUAAGGGACGUGGGACGGAGCAGCGCUGUCCGGCUGAUGUUCACGAGCGUUACGGCCGUCAUGCUACAAGCCGUCGCCGUCGUCAACAUGUUUUCAUGCUCACCGUGUGCCGGCGAGGCGCUAGCGAAUAAGACCCAAUUGGCAGGAGAGGGCGCCACCAUUCGCGAGAGUCCACUACAUGCCGUGUUCUUCGCGCACGGGAUGUGCGCGCUACCGCACUACCUGAUUGCCUGUUCGCUGCUCGUCUACCUCGCCGUGGCUGUCUUCAUCCGCACUUCUGCCGUCUACAAGUUCAUCCUGUUUCUGUUCAUGGCUGGGACUGCGAUAGGAGUUAUUGUCAACCCAACGCUUCUUCUGGUGUUCAAGUGCUACGAUAUAUUUUCCGCUUCAAAGGUGCCGCUAUUCGUGACGGCUAUUGUUGUGCUCUCCACGUUCAUCGUCUUCCUAUACAUCCACGGUCGCCAAGUCGAAUGGAUGAGUCGACUAGACUUUCUGUGGAUGACACAGGCGGAUGAAGAGAAAGCUGAAAUGAACGAGCUGCAGUACAACAACAGGCGGAUUCUCUUCAACCUGCUGCCAGCCCACGUCGCCAGUCAUUUCCUCGAUAAUCUCAAUCGGCGCCACGACGAUUUAUACCAUCAGGACUAUAACAAAGUCGGCGUUAUGUUCGCCUCCAUCGCUAACUUUCACGAAUUUUACAUGGAGUUGAAUUCCAACAAUCAGGGAGUCGAGUGCAUCAGACUUCUCAAUGAGAUUAUUUUCGACUUCGAUGACCUUCUCACAGAGGAGAGGUUCGCCGCGAUAGAUAAAAUCAAGACUAUCGGCAGCACAUACAUGGCGGCCGUGGGACUUGUGCCGGAGUAUAAAAUCGAUGAUACUGAAGAAUCGUUGCUGCUUUACUUGGAGUGUCUCGUCGAAUUCAUGUUUGCAAUAAAAGAGAAAUUACUCAUCAUCAACGAAAACUCAUACAACAACUUUGUACUAAGAUGCGGCGCCAACUGUGGUCCGUGCGUGGCUGGGGUCAUAGGUGCAAGGAAGCCACAGUACGACAUCUGGGGGAACACUGUGAACGUUGCUAGUCGCAUGGACAGUACAGGUCUCCCGGAGAGAAUACAGGUUACUGAGGAAAUGUACCUGGUUCUUAAAAAAGCCAACGUUUACGAAUUCACGUGCAGGGGUGUUAUCCCAGUAAAAGGUAAAGGCGAUCUUACCACCUACUGGCUGACUGGGAAAAGGGAAGGGCUCAACGUGCACACGCUAUCGACUAGCACGGUGGGAGGCCGGAGUCGCAGCGGCACCGCAGACAGCCACGCGAGCCUCGGCAUAGCUACACCAACAGGGAGAGACUCUCCCAGACCCGGAAGCCUCGCACCGCCAAUCGAGGAGACGCAGGAGGGACAGGACGAUAAUGCGCUUUCGGGGAAGCCUGGCGGAGCAGUGCAGGCUUCGUCUGUUGGAAGCAACAACAACGCGAAGCCUACGUCUUUGCGACUCAGCGCUGCACGGCCCCCCGUCCCUGUAGCACGGGUAACCCCAUCACCGACGCUAAAGUCUAGUCCCGUGCAGCCGCUAGAGAGUCCCCCUGCCAUCGAGAAACCUGCCAUGCCAUUACUACCGAUGCAGAAAACAUCGCCUCUCAGGAUGAGCAACCCGCUAGCAAAUCUGCCGCCUACAGCAGAGUUGACUUCAAGCAUGGAGAAAGCUAAGCCCUCUCCCAAGGAGAGCAUCACAACUCCCAGUGGAUCCCUAGUAUCACCAAAGAGAUAUGGAAGCUGGAGCAAUAAGCAGCCGGGAAGGGGAACACCAGAUAAACGUGUGCCGACAACUCCCGACAGAUCAACCAAAAGCUCACCUGGUGAUUCGCCAAAAAGCCCAACAGGUGUCGCGACUGUCACCGAUUUUCAAAGAGCAUGUCCACCGCUGGCACAGAAAAGGAAGCCGUCAGACGAUAAAAAUGAUUCGCCAGCUGUUCAGCAUAGAUCGCCAGUGACUGCGACAUACAUUACUCCAAUGACUGCUGUCCUUCAGGCUAAGGUCCAAUCAGACAAUCGCAGUGUUGAUCUGGUAGCCGGUAAUAAUGCUAGUGCAGUCAAUGGGAACAACAAACAAAAAAUCUCCCCAGAGGAGCGUAGAGAAGUGAACGAUGUGCUAGCAGAUUUUGCUCUCAGUGAAAUAAGCAUGAGCGAAGUCAGUGAAAUGGAUAGUGAUAACUAUGACUUUAUCUCGGCACGACGACCGGCCGGUCAGCGGAGAGCUAACGUGGCCACUAAUGCUGUUCCGCCAAACAAUGCUCGCAAUGGCAUGGAGCGCGCAGUGUAUCCCCUGUACAGGCAGCAGAGUGGCACCGAUUCAGAGUCACAAGCAGGCACGCCAACUAACAAAUCUGCGAUGGCCGUACCAGCGUCUCCGACGAGUUCGUCAGCAACCAACUCAACGGGCAACAACAACAACAACAAGCACGUCGAGUCGAUGCACAGGUUCCCGCACUCGCAGCAGCCACGCUACGCCUGCAGCGGAAAGCCAGCAGUCGACCAGGCCAAAAUUGACGCCUCCCUCAAGGAGUCAUUCGGCGCCGCGGCCGUGGACCGUUUCCGAGCAUCCCUCGCUCAAAGAGUCGGAAACGACGGCCGCGGUUACGACCAGCAAAGACUCGGUGCUCUCAGUGACCUCGAUCCGCAUAGACUAUCCGAUCUCUCACUCCUCUCCGAGGCCACGGCGGCAACCGUUACCGACUUGCCGGAGUACGACGCGGAGUCGCAGGCCGACGACGGCACGUCGUCGAUAGACGUGCAGGUCACCGACACCGAGUACAUGGCCGACGACAUCGACGACGACAUCUCGCUCGACAACGAGACGUACAGCGACAUGCACUCGUUCGGCGCCAGCGACAUGCACAAGUACGACCGCGGCAACGAGGGCGAUCUCGACGACUACAGCCUGUCGUCGCGGAGCUCUCGCUUCCUCGGCUCCAGCUCCCGUCGCAGCUUCGACUCGAUUCCGUCGCAGUCGAACGAGUCCGAGUACGACAACUACCGGCCGGGAAUGACGAGCGACGACGAGUACGUCUACGCCGAAUCAAUAUCGGACAUCGAUCUGAACGUCGAAGAGUUAUCGAAAGGCGGUCUCAACUUGCCAGGCUACGGGAUGUCCCCGUACGGAUUCCAUCCGAGAGGGGGCUACCUGCAGCCGCUGUCGAGUCACGGCUCUCCGACUGUGAGCAGCCUACCCAGCUCCCACGCUGGUGGUGCCAUCUCGCGCCAGAACCCUCCCAUUGUGCGGCCAGCUCCUGCUGUGUCGCAGUCGUCGGCGAAUAAACCCCAAAACACUGUGGUGUAGCAUAGGCGCAGCGCAGAGAAAUCCUAUAUGGCGGACUAUAGAUUUCGCUUACGGGACAACGAGGCUCAUUCACGCUUGCAGACGGCUUAUACGCGCGCGCCGUUAUCGCGUAUAAAGGGCUAGCGGAUCAGCAAGGUAGAGUUUACGCGCUGCGUGGAAUGUUUACAGUGAAUGUGUUACUGCUCUUCCGUGUGAAUAAGUGCACACGGUCAACGAAUGGCGCUAGAAGUCAGCAUUCGAGCGCACUGUGCAGCAUCAGAUGCGCGUAAAUCGUAUAAGAGCAAAUAAAAUUAGAAAUAUUCCAUAUAGGUGUGCGUUAUAUACACUUUUCGCUUAGGUAUUUAUUAGAUACAAUAAUGUAACCCAAACCCAAGAGGAUAGGGGGUCUGUCCCCCUAUCCUCUUGGGUUUGGGUUACAUUAUUGUAUCUAGUAUUUAUCAACAGAACAUUGCUGCCAAAAGGUGAGGUCAUCAGCAUUUCGUAAGCUACCUAAAUCUAAUUACAUCUAAACGAUGUCAUUAUUCCGUAGAGACUCGUAUAUAACUAUAACGACUAUAGCAACUUAAUUUGCAUAGGUGUAAUAUUAGCACUUUGAUCGCGAAGUGUUCCACUUUGGCCUUACUAAAAGCUGUGCACAUAGUGCCAACUCUAAAAUAUACCACCAAAGAGCUUUUUAUUUAUAUGAACGUAUAAAUUAUUAGGUGUUUUUAUAUGUGUGCAAACAUGUAUGGAUAACAACGCGUCAUGUUAUACUCAUCGCGUUGUCAGUAUAGCGUGAGGAUGUAGAGAAACGAGCCGCGUUUCAUACGUACGAUUAAACGUAAUAAUCAAAAUAAUAUAAUCGAAGUAAUAAAUCGAUGCUCUGAUCGAUCCAGGUAAUUGCUAUUCAUACGCAUACGGCUUGGUGUACAAUUGGUAUGAUGACGUGAAGGUCUGUGAGCAAAACGAUUCCCAAUUUCUCUGUGAAAUAUUAUUUUAUGCAAGUAUAUAACUGAUCAAUUACCGAAUAAUCUCACGCUAUACGGACGUCCGUAGAUAUGGAAGAUUAUGUUCUCUAACCGCUGUCAGUUUUUUUAGUUGAAGCAGAGGAAAAUAGAAGAAAAACUUCCUGACGGAAACCAAUUAAAUUUAUAAAGAUUUUUUAGUCUCCCCGUCUUGCCAUUUUACUCACAAGACGUCGCGCCUACUUCACUGCUGUCGAUCUGUGCUGUGUUAUUAGGUCCGGGAGACCGGCUUGACGUGAUGCUGCCAAAUUACACAAUAAAAUGACGUUGUUGGUUAACGGAAAAUA